UCCCAACAGAAACUGCGAGAGAAUUCCCAAGAAAGCCGUUAAAAAUCAAAUCUUUUUAGAAUAUAACACAGCAUUCAGCUCUGUAAAACGUUGAAUUUCGAGAAGAAGGAGAAGAUUAGAAGAAGAAGCAUAGAAACAUGGUGGCUGAAGCAGAGGUUGUGUGUCAACAAAGCGUGGGUGUGUUGGAUGUGAAGUAUUUUCCAAACAAAGGGAGCAAUAUUCACGAGAUCGGAGAUGCAGAUGCAAUCUCGCCUCCGAGUUUUGAACGAGUUCGUGCUUCUGAAUCAGUCUAUGCUGAGUUACUCACUUCACAAGAAGAUGUUAAGCCUGCAGACAGAAUCUCAGAUGCUGCUCUUGAAUCUGUGGUUCUGCAAUUUGUCCCAUGCAUCCGUUCUGGUAGUUUUUCUGACAUUGGGCCACGAAGAUACAUGGAAGAUGAACAUAUAAGGAUAGAUGAUUUGUCUUCUUAUUUGGGAUCACCAUACAACUUUCCUAAGCCCAGUGCCUUUUAUGGGGUGUUUGAUGGUCAUGGAGGACCUGAAGCUGCAGCUUAUGUAAGAAAAAACGUGAUAAAAUUCUUCUUUGAGGAUGUCAAUUUCCCCCAGACAUCUGAAGUUGAUAAUGUAUUUUUACAAGAGUUAGAGAAUUCCCUCAGAAAGGCAUUUCUUUUGGCUGACUCAGCUUUGGCCGAUGAUUGCAGUGUCAAUACUUCAUCAGGAACUACGGCCCUUACUGCUUUGAUAUUUGGAAGGCUUCUAAUGGUGGCCAAUGCGGGUGACUGCCGAGCAGUUCUGUGUCGUAAAGGAGAGGCCAUUGACAUGUCUAAAGAUCACAGGCCUAUUUAUCCAUCAGAGCGUAGGAGAGUUGAAGAAUUGGGGGCUUACAUAGAUGAUGGUUAUCUCAAUGGGGUUUUAUCCGUUACUCGAGCACUAGGGGACUGGGACAUGAAGUUACCUAAGGGUGCUCCUUCACCUUUGAUUGCGGAACCUGAGUUCCAGCAAGUGAUUCUAACAGAGGAUGAUGAAUUCCUCAUCAUAGGAUGCGAUGGAAUCUGGGAUGUAAUGUCAAGUCAGCAUGCUGUUAGCCUUGUACGCAGAGGCCUAAGACGGCACGAUGACCCGGAGAAGUGUGCUAGGGACCUGGUUAUGGAGGCAUUACGCCUUAACACAUUUGACAAUCUCACAGUGAUCAUUGUAUCCUUCUCUUCACUUGACCACAUGGAGCCAGAGUCAUCCCCACCUCGCCAACGGAAAUUGAGAUGCUGUAGCCUCUCUGCAGAGGCUCUUUGUAGCUUGAGGAGCUUGUUGGAAGGCAGUGCUAGCAACUGAAUGUAUAUAUACAGUUCAUCAAUUAAAAGUGUUGUUGUAGUACUGAUCAUUUAAUGCUGUUUUUGGCUGCUUCAGUUUAGUUAAAACAUUGGAAAAAGCAGUCAUCAUUUUUUACGUUCCGGUUGAUGUACAUAACCCGGGUUAGAGGAUGGCGGUGUAGAUAUGUAAUAUUGUUUUAUUAUCAUUUUGUACUAUAGUCGAUUUUUUUUUCCACGAUGAACGCCAUACUCAUGUCACAUUCUUGUGUGUCAAUAAAAUUUUG